AUGCACCUUUGUGCAAUUUCUCUGGAUCGGUACAUUGCGAUAAGAAACCCUAUCCAUCACAGCCGAUUCAACUCAAGAGCCAAGGCUUUUGCUAAAAUAAUUGCUGUAUGGACAAUAUCUGUUGGUAAGUACUAUCAUAUUUCAGGUAUAUAA